AUGGCGUAUAUUCAUUUCUUGGCCUAUGUGUUUCAGAUGGAAAAGUAUUACUUCGACAAGGCCAGCUAUGAUGACCUCUACAACUGCUCAAGAUACACGCCAGAGCAAUGGCACGACUUUGGCGUUCCGAACAAGGUCAUUGGAGUGCUCUAUACGCUGGUGGGCGUCAUGUAUGAGGUGUUGUAUUUCCCGUGUCUGUACACAAUGUCAUCGUACAAGUUCUUGAAGCUGUCGUGUUACAAGAUCAUGUUCUUUUUGGGUAAGAAAAGCGUUCUUUUUUUUGAAGACCCACGUCAAACUUGUCGGGAAAAUAAUGAGCAAAAUAUCACUGAUUUUGUCGCUGAAGUGGAAAUAAAUUCGAUUUUACAAUUCAUUUUAGCAACAUGAUUUUCGAUGCGACAGAGUGCUCAUUAUUUUCCCGACAGACUGAUAAAUCUCCCAUAAUUUUUUUCAGGAAUAAUCGACAUGGCCUGCAUCUUCAUCAACUCCAUCCUGGCCGGCUACUUUGCCUGGCACGGCAACACUUUCUGCGACCAUCAGGAACUCAUGUACAUUAGUGGCAGCAUAUCCACCGGGCUGUGGUGUGCCGCCUGCAUGGCGUGCAUGAUGCUGGCGAUGAAUCGGUGCUGCGACCUGCUGAAGCCCGACUGGAUGGAGACCCUGUUCAGCGGGUGGCGGACCUACUUGUGGCUGCUGGCCCCAACCCUGUACGGGUCGUAUUUCAUCGUGUUCACGCCGCCGUUGAUCUUCACGUCCGUCUACGACGGCGCCUUCUUCGACCCGUUCGUGGGGACGCCGAUCUCGGACAAAGAGAGGGUAAAGGUUUGUUGCUGUUUUUGAAGGGGUUGACAAGGCUAGAGCAGGGUUAGAUUCUUGUUUUUUUUGCUGGAGGUUCGCUGUUACUAGUCGUUCCAUAAGUUCCGACUUCGUUUGUUUCUCAAUGGAGUCGGCGCGAAUUUUGGGCGCACAAAAUGAAAUUGCACAGUGCAAAAUGUUUCGAAAAGGAGUUCGUCGCGCGACAUGCACGGUGCGGUCCGAAAAAGGCCGGAAAAUGCCUCCGUACUUUUGAAAAAGCGUAAUACCAUUUUCACAAAGUGCCUGGACAUUUUGUCGCGGCGGAACAGGAAAAUUGCAAGUGCGAGGCGAAAAAGGCCGAAAAAAUCUACGCACUUUCUUGAACGACUUGUAUCAGUCUUUCGGGAAAAUAAUCGGCACUUUGUCGCAUCGAAAGUCGCAUCGCCGAGAAAAUUAAUAAUGAUUCCAUAUGUAUUCCAUUUUUUUCAGUUUUAUCGACCGUUAUAUGUACUAGAGUACUUUUUUGGCAUUAAUUUAUCAACCGAUUCCUCAGAGGGAUGGCCAAUUAAUUGGCCCAGAGAACACUUUAUUUCAGCGCAAUUUGCAAAACCACACAGAUAAUAUCGUAAAAGAGAUGUAUGUUGUGACACUGUGCCCUUGGCAUUCAAAGAAAAUUAAGUUUUAAUCCUUCCUACAAAAGAUCUCGUAUGUCAAAGGAACUACAAAAAUAUUAAAGAUAUCGCAAUGUGGCUACAGUAUGAAUGUGUGCGUUAUUUGGGCCAAUUUUCGAAAUUAACAAAGGUAUUUUGAUGCAUGAGAAUGUAUUUUAAAUUUUUGAAAAUGUCUGAGAAAAACUGAGUAAUUGGCGACUUCCUGAUUGCUCAGUAAAACACUUCCUACUUCCUCUGUCUACCCCUCUUUACAAUGCAUUUUUUCAGUACACCAGUUGGCCGCAUACAAUCAACAAUGUCAUUGUCAUCGUGGUCUUGUGCACGGCCUAUUCUUGCAUCUGCGUCUAUGUUUGUAUCAAAGCGCGCCCCACAAUGGGCGGCCACAGAUCCACCGGCAUGAAUGCGCUGCAAAAACAGGCAAGUACGGAUAAAUUGCGAUAUAUUCCUCAUUAUUUUCCCGACUUACCGGGACAAAAAAACAAUUUUUAGUGGAAUUAACAGAGAUAUUGACAACACUUUUCCACGUGCUCCCUCAGCGACAAAGAUCGUUGAAAAAAAUGUAGCCUUUUGUUCGAAAACUUUGUGAAUUCUUUGAAAAUUCCUUAAAAUUUCUUCAAAAUUUGUAUGUCAUUAUUCUCUUCGGUUCCUAACUUUUUCUCCAGCCACAAUUUCGAGCAUUUUAACAAUAACUUUCAUCAGAAAUAACAGUACAAAGUCUCCACGGUAAAGAAUACGGUCAUAGGGCAACUACAACAAUAGUCAUCAAGCUUGAAACUAUAUUGUCGAAACAUGUGAAAACAAACAAAAAAUUGUUAUUCAGCAACAAAAUAAUAACAAUUCAGCGUAAAACAUUUGUAGAUUAUCGCACAAGCCACACUCAUUUGUAUGCUGAUCCUGAUCGCGGCAAGUGUUUACGUGCGGAUGCAAUUCGCUGAAACAUCAAGCUACAUGGUCAUUGUGGGCCAAAUCACAUGGCAAUCCAGUCACGGUGAGUUUCGAAAAGUAAAUGGUUUAAAAUUCCCGCAAAAAAGUUUAAGAAAACUCAAAAAAUCAGCAAUUUUUCGCAAAAUCUAUGGCAUGAAAUUUUCCAAGAACUCCACGAUUUCGCUAGAAUCAUGGGAAAUUGUAGCAGGAUGUUGUCAAAAGACAAAAAAGAGCUUUUCUUUCUGACUAAUCUUCAGAUUUCCCCCGCGUUCUCUGGCCGGAACCGGUCGAUGAAUAGCUUGGCAGGCUCUGCAAAUUACAAGGAUUGUCGGGAUUUCUUAUGUGACCUACAGUGGCGGACUGAUUCAGUGGCAAAAAACUUCUCAUUUUGCAUCCGGAAAGUCAAAAAAAUGUGGCAAAUUAUCUCCUUCUCCAAGUGAAAAAAGCCCUAAUUUUAAAAGCGCGCCCGCUUUUUUCGUAAGGGAAAGAGUGCGCCUUUCAAAACGGAGAUUUUUUAGUUUGAGAGGGAGGCAUUUUGCUAUAUUCUUUCAUCCUUUCGGGGUAUAAAGUGGUACUGUUUUUGCCACUAGAUCAGGUCCGUCACUGUAUGUUAGACGUUUUUGGGCCAAAUUUGACCAUUUUCGAUACGUAAAAAUGCUCAUUAUUUUUCCAACAGACUGAUAAAUCACUUCAGAUCUUUUUCAAAUUUUGCACAAAGCCGUCUAACAUAGGUCACAUAAGAAAUCCCGAAAAUUCUUGCUCGUACCUUGUAGAGGCUGCCAAGUUAUUCAACGACCGUUUCCGGCCAAAGAGCGCGGAAAAGUUGGAGAUUGGUCAGGAAGAAAAGCUCUUUUUUUUGUCCCGUGACAACUUCCGGUUACAAUUUCCCACGAUUCCAGCAAAGUUCUUGGAAAAUUUCAUGCGACAGAUUUUGCGAAAAUUCGACAGGAUGCUCAUUAUUUUCCCGACAGACUAACAAGAACUUGUCUGGGAAAUCAAUGAUUUUUUUCAAUUCAAAUUGUCGAUUUCUGGCUCAAUUUCUAGGCGGUACCGUGUUCAUCUACCUGUUCCUCAAUCGAAGUAUGAGGAAUGAGAUUCGCAACACCUUCCUGCCCAAAUGUUUGACAAAACGAAAGGCCGUGACCACCACCACUACACCUUACAAGACCACACCCAAUGUGAAUAUGACAUUUUCGAGCAAAGACACAAACACCAUGGGAUCGGCUGUUAUGUUCUAG